UGACACCGAACUCGCUAGCAGUCCUAACCGCCACUCGGCGCGAAAAACCGGUCCUAGUUGAAUUGUAGCUAAUCCCAGAACUGCAAGAUCUUAACAAAUUUUGUAAUCUUAUCCUGCCAUUUGAUCCUUUAACGUUAAGCACGAUGAAAAAGUCCACACUUGAUAGUAUUUCGGUUUUUCUGGCUGAGCUGAUUGGCACAGGACUGCUAGUAAUGCUUGGCUGCAUGGGUUGCGUGUCCGGGCUUGGCCAUACUCCAUCCCACUUUGAGCUAUGCAUAAACUUCGGUCUGAUAGUAAUGAUUAUUGUUCAAGUGUUUGGAUGCGUUUCUGGUGCUCAUUUAAAUCCAGCUGUAACUGCUGCCGCUUGGGUAUACGAACUCGUUUCUACAAAGAUGGCUCUAGCUUACGCUGCUGCUCAAUGCAUUGGAGCAUUCAUGGGUUAUGGUAUUCUUAAGUUACUGACGCCCACGGCCGUGUUUGAAGAUGCAAAAGAGAAAGGAGCAGGAUUUUGCGUUACCCAACCAAAUGUUGCCAUUACUGAUAUGCAAGCGCUUGGCAUUGAAUUUGUAGCAACCAUGGUGCUGAUCCUGGUCUGCUGUGGAGUGUGGGAUCCCCGUAAUGCCAAACAUCAUGAUUCGGUUGCAUUGAAAUUUGGAUUUACAGUCGGAGCCUUAGCUGUAGCGGCAGGACCUUAUACCGGUGCAAGUAUGAAUCCCGCCCGUUCACUAGGACCGGUGUUGUGGAACGGAGUAUACAAUGCGCAUUGGAUCUACUGGGCAGGUCCGUUGGGAGCCGCCUUCCUGACCGCCUUUGCCUACAAGUCCGUUUUUCGACGGGAAGUUCCAGUAGAACAACUCAACCACGAGCUGGCAGCACUAAACACUGAUAAAUCCAAUGCUUAAGGGCCUGGAUGGGGAUUUUUCCCUUUAGAUCUAUUGCUAACUUUACAAUAUGAUGCAUACUACUCUCCGUGGCGCUUCGUACAUUAUAGUCCACUUUGCAAUUAAAACAUUGUGGAUAACAUUCGCGCAACAUAAGAUAUGCAUUGUACAUGAAUUUUUUAUGAUUUUUUGAUUUUAGGUAUAUUUAAAUAC